AUGAAGUGGGUCAUUUUGGUGGCACUUUUCGGGCUUGGGUUCGCCCAGCACAACGCUCACCUCAGGAGCGGACGCACCUCCAUCGUCCACCUGUUCGAGUGGCGCUGGACCGACAUUGCUGCAGAGUGUGAGCGCUUCCUGGGGCCAAAGGGCUUCGGUGGUGUUCAGAUCUCUCCUCCCAAUGAGCACAUUGUGUUGGACAGCCCCUGGAGGCCCUGGUGGCAGAGAUACCAGCCAAUCAGCUACAAACUGGUCUCCAGAUCGGGAACUGAGGCCCAGCUGCAAGACAUGAUCACCAGAUGCAACAACGCCGGGGUCAACGUCUACGUGGACGCUGUCAUCAACCACAUGUGUGGAGCUGGUGGUGGAGAGGGAACCCACUCCUCAAGCAACAGCUGGUUCAGCGCGACCAAAAAGGACUUCCCUGCUGUCCCCUACUCCAGCUGGGACUUCAACGACGGCAAGUGCUCCACGGGCAGCGGCAACAUUGAGAACUACAGUGACGCCAACCAGGUGCGUAACUGCCGCCUGGUGGGUCUGCUGGACCUCGCCCUGGAAAAGGACUACGUCAGGGGUAAGGUGGCCGAAUACAUGAACAAGCUGAUCAGCAUGGGUGUGGCUGGCUUCAGAGUGGACGCCUGUAAACACAUGUGGCCCGGCGAUCUGUCUGCCAUCUACGGCCGCCUGAACAACCUCAACACCAAGUGGUUCAGUAGUGGAUCCAGACCCUUCAUCUUCCAGGAGGUUAUCGAUCUGGGAGGCGAGGCUAUCGGAUCCAGAGAGUACACCGGUCUGGGAAGAGUCACAGAGUUCAAAUAUGGUGCUGAACUGGGAAAUGUCAUCAGGAAGUGGUCAGGGCAGAAGCUGUCUUACGCCAAGAACUGGGGAGAAGGAUGGGGCUUCAUGUCCAGUGGCAACGCCGUCGUCUUUGUUGACAACCAUGACAAUCAGAGAGGACACGGUGCUGGCGGAGCGUCCAUUGUCACCUUCUGGGACGCCAAACUCCACAAGAUGGCUGUGGCCUUCAUGUUGGCUCACCCGUACGGACAGACCAGGGUCAUGUCAAGCUACAGCUGGAACCGCAACUUCGUGAACGGAAAAGAUCAGAAUGACUGGAUCGGUCCUCCUAGCAACAGCGAUGGAUCCACCAAGUCUGUUACCAUCAACUCUGACCAGACUUGUGGAAACGGAUGGAUUUGUGAGCACAGAUGGCGUCAGAUCACGAACAUGGUCGCUUUCCGUAACGCGGUCAACGGAGAGUCUCUCGUCAACUGGUGGGACAACGGGAACAAUCAGGUUGCCUUUGGACGUGGCAAACGUGGUUUCAUUGUCUUCAACAACGAUACCUGGAACCUGGACACCACCCUGAGCACUGGUCUGCCCAGCGGUACUUACUGCGACGUCAUUUCCGGCCAGAAGGAAGGAAGCAGAUGCACCGGCAAGCAGAUCACUGUCGGAAGUGAUGGACGUGCUCGCUUCACCAUCAGCAGCAGCGCUGAGGAUCCCUUCAUUGCUAUCCACGUCAGUGCCAAGCUGUAA